AACCACAAGAAAUAAAACAUCCGAUUGUGAUCUCAUGAGUCGGCAGAGUGAUGUAUGAUCCAUAAAUUCCGGUUUGGACUGCUAACUCUCGCUAAGGAUUGAAAUGGCCUCUAUGAAUACCGUAAACCCUUUCCAGUUUGAAAGGGCUGGAAGGGGCAAAGUGAUGUCAAAUUAGGAGGCGAACUUGUUUGCGUUUUGUCUUGGAACACAUACACUUGCACGGAAUGUACAUUGCCGCCUGCGUUACUUCGGAUGAGAAAGAGUCUCUUCAAGCACUCUACGACGUUAUUGUAGCAAAGUGCGUCCCAUAAACCCGUAUGCAUAGUAAUACUCCUGAAGUAAGCUGAGUAAGUUUAAACGCUUGCAUUUACGACUUCCAAAUGCUCCAAGUAAAGGCCGAGUUUUGUAACUGGCGGAUCACCCAUGGUCGCCACAUAAAUAAUCCCUAGGUCCGCGCAAGAAUUCCACUCCCAGAGCCCAGAAUCCCUUCUCUGAACUCUCGAACGCAGCCAUGGAGAUCGCUCUCUCAACUUUGCUGUCGCUGCUUCUCCUCCUCCUUUCUUCGCCCACCGCCGUGUUCUCCGCCAUUGCCCCUGCAGGCGCCGGCGAUGACGCUUCCGACGUCUUCCUUCCCUCACCUGCCGCCGCGCCUUCCCCAGCCUUGGCUCCUGGCGCCGACGAGCAUACCUCCGACUGUGGCAUCUACAUAGUCUUCGUCAGCCGCGCCGACUAUGUCGACUCGGCGGACUACGACGCCCGACUACUCGCCUCCGUCCUCGGAAGCACGGAGGAAGCCAAGAAGGCGGUCAUCUACCACUAUAGCGGUCUUGGGUUCGCGGCGAGGCUCAAGCCCAAUCAGGCAGAGCAGUUAUCAAGGAAGGAAGGAAUUGCAACCUUCAAGGACAAGACGUACCACAUCGAGAACGACGGUGGCUUGCCUUCUCGGUUCUUUGAAGAGAAUAUCUGACAGUCAAAUCAAGUUCACGGAUGCAGGGUGCUCGUAUGACAUACCUCAUUUACAAUUAGCACGACCUGAAACAUGUUACUAUGGAGUCUGGGGCUAUCUGUUAUGCCCACUUUGAACUUUAAAGGCUGUUUUGUCCUGAAAUAAAAGCAUACAACCUCAUAGCAAAGUACUAGAAAAGGAGUGCAUAGGAGAAUACUUCAGUAAAGCACCAGGUACGAAGGAUUCAUGAUUUGUUCUACUUGAUGUCCUGGAUGUCAAUAUCUGAGUAUAAAAAUGGUCUCAUACACAAUU